GGGCUUGGGGAAGUUGCACAGCCCAGCCCAGGCCCAGGCCCAGGCCCAUCCUAACUGUAAGGUGGACUAUUUAUAGCCGUGUUUCCCUCCGAAAGUGGCAUUGGCGCGCGAGGGUUUGAAGUUUUGGCGCAGAAAAAAAAUGGCGGAAGAGUAUAAUGAAGCUGAAGUGGAAGAAGAGUUCUCCGUUUGGAAGAAGAACACUCCUCUGUUGUACGAUUUCUUCAUUUCUCAUCCUCUUCAAUGGCCCUCUCUCACCGUUCAUUGGCUUCCUUCCUCUCCCCAACCCCACCCCGACCCUUCCUUCAAUGUCCACAAACUCCUCCUCGCUACUCACACCGCCCAGGGCGAAUCCAAUUUCCUCAUGCUCGCCGACGCAUCCCUCCCCGCCGACACCUCACAACCCAUCGUUGCCACCGACCCUAAUAACCCGGUUAUCCCCAAGGUAGAGAUUUCCCAGAAGGUUGCCGUUGACGGGGAGGUGAAUCGAGCGCGUUGUAUGCCACAGAACCCUGAUAUUGUUGCUGCGAAGACCUGUAAUUCCGAGGUUUAUGUGUUUGAUUUCAGCAAGCAGCGUGGGAUCGAGUUUGCCCCUGAUUUGAGGUUAAGGGGUCAUGAUCAAGAGGGCUAUGGUUUGUCUUGGAGCCCUUUCAAGAGUGGGUAUCUUUUGAGUGGUUCGCAUGACAAUAAGAUUUGCUUGUGGGAUGUGCCUGCUGCUUCUCAAGAGAGUGUGAUUGAUCCAGUUCAUGUUUACGAGGGUCAUGAGAGUGCGGUUGAAGACGUGUCCUGGAAUAUGAAGGAUGAGAAUAUGUUUGGAUCUGUAGGAGAUGACUGGAAAUUGGUCAUUUGGGACUUACGGACUAACAAACCCCAACAAUCAGUCAAACCACAUGAAAAUGAGAUUAACUUUCUUUCAUUCAGUCCAUAUAACGAAUGGAUUUUGGCUACAGCAUCUUCAGAUACAACUGUUGGUCUAUUUGACACUCGGAAGCUGUCAAUUCCACUACAUUUUUUAAGUUGCCACACUGAUGAAGUAAUCCAGGUUGAGUGGGAUCCUAAUCACGAGACUGUGUUGGCAUCAUCUGGCGCUGACAGACGGCUGAUGGUUUGGGAUCUUAACAGGGUCGGAGAUGAGCAGAUAGAGGGAGAUUUUGAGGCUGGCCCUACCGAGCUACUCUUCUCUCACGCGGGUCACAAAGGAAAAAUAUCAGACUUUUCAUGGAACAUAAAUCAGCCAUGGGUUAUCUCAAGUGUAGCUGAGGACAAUUCUUUCCAUGUAUGGCAAGUGGCGGAGAACAUUUACAAUGAUGGAGACGAUGACAACAUGUGGACGGCCGAUGAUUAACUGACCAGCAUAUCAUAAAAUGCUUUGUUGUUUGAAUGAAAUCUUGACUAUUAUUCCAUUUUUACUGCCAUGGCCUGUCGGUUUUUUGUGAAUGUCCUAAAACACUGAUGACCACAUAGUAUCUUUCUUUGUCAUAGAUGGAUUCUCGAAAGCCCGUAUAAAUUAUGAUACUUUGUGCGCACU